AUGAAUAAUAAAAUUCAUAAUGGGUCUGAACCAGUCAACGAAGGUGUUACUAAAGAUACUUACAAGAAGUCAAAGAUGAUAGUUAAUGACAAUAAGAUCCCCACAAAUAUUUCCAUUGCUUCCUUAUACAAUGUGUCUUUCCAUUAUGGGGAAAAUGUUCUGAAGUGGAAAUAUUUGUACCAGAAAUGGAUAGCCCUUGAAAGGGAACUAUCAAAAGAAGCUUUGACAUUUAAAAAGGAAGCUCGGCUGCUGGAGGAUGUUAUUAUGAAAUACAAUGAGAAUCUUAAGAGAUAUUACAUGUAUGUUGAUGACAUGUCAUACAAGAUGGUGGAGCAUGGUGUUUAUUAA